UUGAUCCGGACCAGCCGGCUCUCUCCGGACUACAUCCGCGAGAACUUGGACAAAAUCAACGUGCCCAUCAAGUUGAAAACCGACCGCAGUUUCGGCCAGAUGGAAACCGACUGGACUGAGGAGGAGGUCAGCAACGAGAGGAGGCUUGUGUCCUUGCACAUCAGCCGUGAAAGCGUGACUACGUUCAACAUCUGCUUUUCCCCGGUGGCCCCGGGCGCCGUCGCCAAGGACAACACAGACUUGAUCAUUUCCUGCAUCCGAUGGGAGGAGAAGGACGUCAUGGUGGUGACCUCGGUCGACAUCAUACUUGUGCUCGAGGCGUUGGUCGGAGAGUCGUUUUCCGUGGACGAAAAGAGCCGCAUCCGCCGCAACUUGCAGUUCUUGAAGCCCAGCAACAUUGCACGCGCCACGUGCGGGCGUCUUUUCAGCUCCCUCAUGGCCAUGGACAACCCGCGCCCAAGGAACAUCGAGAAGGACGUCAAGGUGUUCCGCUGGAGCAAUUUCUUCGACGCGUUGAACAAGGUGUUGUCCAAGUUCUCGGCCAACCCC